UUCGAAACGCUUCGUCCUAGGUACUUAGAAGUGCACUCUUUGUACGUUGAAGCGCCUCUUUCGUUGAAUUUAUCGUGGUAUGAUUUUGAGAUUGAUUUUUGAGCCUUGAGCUUUGAGUGCUUUUUAUUCAUGGAGGGUUUACACCGUGUAGUCUUCUGACAUGCAGUCUAUGGUUCUAGUCAUCUUGGGUUUGAAAGCUAGCGAUAAUGUGGCUUUCUGGACUUGUGGAAAGAAAAAAAAAGAAAAAGUCUCUGCUUGCUCUCUUCACUUGGCUAUCAAAAGAAAAAUCUCUACUUAUCCAAACCACUCUCUCUUUGGAUAUCAAACUACUGUUUAUUUAAGUAAAAACUUCAUUUUGUUACUCCCACACUUUGACUUUUUGUUCUUUAAUAAUAAAAUAUAUUUACUUGACGUGCUUUUCUUUGCCUCUGAUAAUCCAAAGGAAACAACAGUUUAAUGAUUUCUUCAUAUGCAUCAUUAUGAAGCAGUUUGGGGUAAUAAUCA